UAGACAUGGAUUUAGAUGCUAUUGCAAAAUUCUCUACGUUACACGCUAAGCCCAGCGGACUCAUUCUUCAGUAUGGGACUGCUGGAUUUCGAUCGAAAGCAGAACAUCUUGAUCAUGUCAUGUUUCGAAUGGGAUUAUUGGCUGUCCUGAGGUCAAAACAGACACAGUCGACUAUAGGAGUCAUGGUAACUGCCUCACACAAUCCGGAGGAAGAUAAUGGUGUAAAAUUGAUAGAUCCUUUGGGUGAAAUGUUGGCACCAUCCUGGGAGGAACAUGCUACCUGUUUGACAAAUGUUGAAGAGCAGGACAUGCAGAGAACCCUGGUGGCCAUCAUUGAGAAAGAGGCAGUGAAUUUGCAACAAGAUGCCUUCGUAGUGAUUGCUAGAGAUACUCGGCCCAGCAGUGAGAAACUUGCACAAUCUGUAAUAGAUGGUGUGAUUGUUUUGGGAGCUCAGUUCCAUGAUUAUGGCUUACUAACAACACCCCAGCUGCACUACAUGGUGUACUGUCGAAAUACCAAUGGCCAGUAUGGAAAGGCAACAAUAGAAGGUUACUAUCAGAAACAUGCUAAGGCUUUUGUGGAACUUACCAAACAGGCUUCUUGUUGUGGAGAUGAAUUUCGAACACUUAAGGUCGACUGUGCAAAUGGUAUAGGUGCCCUGAAGCUAAGAGAAAUGGAACACUACAUCUCUCAGGAGCUGUCAGUUCGCUUGUUUAAUGAUGGGUCUGUGGGGAAACUCAAUCAUUUAUGUGGGGCUGAUUUUGUGAAAUGUCAGCAGAAACCUCCUGAAGGAAUGGAAAUGAAGUCUAAUGAAAGGUGCUGUUCCUUUGAUGGAGAUGCAGACAGAAUUGUGUAUUACUACCGAGAUGCUGAUGGUCAUUUUCAUCUCCUAGAUGGAGAUAAAAUAGCAACGUUAAUUAGCACUUUUCUUAAAGAGCUUCUGCUGGAGAUUGGAGAAAACUUGAAUAUUGGUGUUGUACAAACUGCAUAUGCAAACGGAAGUUCAACACGGUAUCUUGAAGAAGUUAUGAAGGUCCCCGUCUUUUGUACAAAAACUGGUGUGAAACAUUUGCACCACAAGGCUCAAGAGUUUGAUAUUGGCGUGUAUUUUGAAGCAAAUGGACAUGGCACAGUACUGUUUAGUAAAGUUGCUGAAAUGAAGAUAAAACAAUUAGCUAAAGAGCUACAAGAUAAUAAAAGGAAAGCAGCUAUGAUUCUCGAAAACAUUGUUGACUUGGUUAACCAGGCAACUGGUGAUGCUAUUUCUGACAUGCUGGUGAUUGAAGCAAUUUUGGCUCUGAAAGGACUGACUGUACAACAGUGGGAUGCUCUCUAUACAGAUAUUCCAAACAGACAACUCAAGGUUAAGGUUGCAGAUAGGCAAGUUAUAAGUACUACUGAUGCUGAAAGACAAGCGGUUACACCCCCAGGCCUACAGGAGGCAAUUGAUGGCCUGGAGUGCAGAAGAAAAACCAACUGUAAUAUAUUUCAAAGACUUGGAAUUGACAAAGAAAUGGUAUCUUUCUGA